UUUUGAGUUACAUUGUGAAUUAAACACGCUUUCUCUGAAGCCCAUAGAAAGGUACUUACUUUUAUUUUGAUACGCGUAGGCAAUUUGGCCGGAAGUCCAUUGAAUGCAGUGUUGUUGGCGGAGAGGUGAUCAGCAGCUAUGGCGUCUCCUAGUAGAAAGCAAGUCUUAAGGUUUUUGAGCCAGGUUGGAGCGUUUAUUUUGACCCGGUUUGGAUUUUGGAACUGCUUCAGUAUGUUGAUGUUGUUCGCUGAACGAGCGGACUCAAAAAGGAAGCCGGACAUCCAUGUGCCCUACCUGUAUGUGGACAUGGGGGCUGCAGUGCUCUGUGCCAGCUUCAUGUCAUUUGGCGUGAAGAGGAGGUGGUUUGCAAUGGCCGCCGCCAUACAACUGGCUGUCAGCACCUACGCAUCAUACGUUGGAGGACAGGUGCACUAUGGGGACUGGCUUAAGGUACGAUUGUAUUCCAGAGCGCUAGCGAUUAUUGGAGGCUUUCUGGUUCUGGCCAGCGGGGCAGGGGAGGUGUACAGGCAGAAACCUCGCAGCAGAUCCCUGCAGUCAACGGGACAAGUUUUCCUGGGAGUCUAUCUCAUCUGCAUGGUGUACUCGCUGCAGCACAGCAAGGAGGACCGACAGGCCUAUCUGAACCACAUUGCAGGGGGAGAGAUCACUCUGAUGCUGCUGGAGGUGCUGUUCGGGGUGCUGGCUCUAGCCUUCCUCUCCGGCUGCUACAUCCGCUUGGCCGCCCAGAUCCUGGCUACUGUCCUCCCCCUGGUGAUAUUGCUCAUUGAUGGCAACCUGGGCUACUGGCACCACACUCGCAAGGUGGAGUUCUGGAACCAGAUGAAACUGAUAGGACACAACGUGGGCAUCUUUGGUGCUGUGCUGAUCCUGGCAACUGAUGGUUGAACCUUCAGUUUCUCACAGACAACUUUCCAGGCCCAGAUGUCUGCACAUGACGGGAUUGUUGGUCUUUAUGUCACAGCUCAGCUUUGUGCUCCAAACUGCUGUUGCUCAGUGACCUCUCCGGAUUCAACCACUCCAAGUCUAGACGGUUGGCUGUAAGCCAGUUUAAUGGUCUUUGCCUACCACUCUGUAAACUUUGCUUUUGCAAGGAAAAAGAAAAACCUUAGCUUCCUAUUUUCAAUUUAAUAAUUUAUUUGGUUUUAUGUUUAUAUUUCUGUCUGUUCAUGCUCAUUCGGAGCCAGAAGGAAAACAAAUACAAGAUCCAGCCAUCUGGGACAGCUAACUGAAAGAGAUGUACACUCACCGGCCGCUUUAUUAGGCACAUCUGUACAAUUGUAGGCAAUUCAAUGCAACACUUCCUCCUCAACAUCUGUGUUUAUGAAGCUCAGGAUGUUUCAGUUUUUGGUGAAACUG